GUGUUAACAACGUUGUUUUAAGCAGUAAAAUAAACAGAAUUAAAAAUUUAAAACUCUAGAAAUGGGAAGGAAAAAAACCAUGUUGCUUUCAUAUGGAAAAUAUUCAAAAUAUAUUUGUUUAAUUGUAAUAGUUUUGGAGCAGUUGGCGUUAACAACUGUAGCUGGUAUUAAAUGUAUACAGUGUGGAGACAGUGAAGAGACUUGUAGUACAACUCUUUGGGAAGAUGCUAAAGUAUGUCCCAAUAAAGAUCAAACCAAAUGCUUUACACAAAUUGACACCAGUGGCAUCAUUACAAGAGGCUGCAAAACAGACGCUGAAGCCAAAGCAUGUACAGCUGAUAAUAAUUGUAUUAUCACAGGCGAGAGAAAAAAUAAUCAACUUAUAUGCAAAAAAUGUAUUGCAACCGAUGAAAAGUGCUCUCAAACCGACAUGAAUAUUAACGAUCUGGAAUACAAUCACAUCUGCGUCGAAGGCGUUAGAAGAUGUAUUAAGAAAGUCGUUAACAAACUUGUCGUUAGAGAUUGUGCCACUGAGAAUGAUAUCCAACAAUGUACCGAUUCUAAAACCUGUGAAACAUGUGACAGCAUUAACUGCAAUACUGGAGUAUUCCCCAAGGGUCGCAUCACUUGCUACCAAUGUACUGGUAGCAGCUGCGAAGAUAUUACCGCAAAUAAUAUAGUUGACAAAGUCUGUGCGAAUUACGAAGAAAAUGAUCAAUGCUAUAUGAAAGCGAAGAACGAAAACGACAUGACACGUGGUUGCAAGUCCGAUACUAGGGAUAAUGAAUGUUUAGACGCUGCUGAAGGUUGUGUCUUUUGCUCCAACAAUAACUGUAAUAAUUUAAAGUAUAUAUAUGAUCAAGUACUCAAGUGUCAUCAGUGCACCAGUGAUGUUCCUACUAAUAAAUGUUUUGAUAAACAAACUACGUUAACUGCCAAUACUGGAAUAUUCCCCAAGGGUCGAAUCACUUGCUACCAAUGUACUGGUAGCAGCUGCGAAGAUGUUACAGCAAAUAAUAUAGUUUACAAAGUCUGUGCGAAUUACGAAGAGAACGAUCAAUGCUAUACCGUGGCUAAGAGUGAGAUCGACAUGACGCGUGGAUGCAAGUCCGAUACUAGGGAUAAUGAAUGUUUGGACGCUGCUGAAGGUUGUGUGUUUUGUUCCAACAAUAACUGUAAUAAUUUAAAGUAUAUAUAUGAUCAAGUGCUUAAGUGUCAUCAGUGCACAAGUGAUGAUAUAACUAGCGAAUGUUUUGAUAAACAAACUAGUAAAGUGUUUGAGAAAUGUAAGAGACAAAUUCGUUACAAUUUUCCCGAAUAUUGUUAUACCCAAAUCAAUGGUAAUACCAUUAAACGUGGUUGCCUUCAUGAUAAUUUGGACCUAACUCUUGACUUAUGCCAAGAUAUCGAUAGUGAUACCUGCUCGAAAUGCAACAAUCGCGAUGGUUGCAAUAGUGAGAAGGAAACAUUAGAUUUCACUUGUAUCGGAAAACAUUGUCGUGUUAGCCCUAGUUCACCCAAAGAAGGUUGUUUUCAUGGCAUUUGGCACGGUGAUGCUAUUCGUGGUGUAUAG